AGUGGAACUUUAGAAAAGAUAACACUUUGAUGAGCUUAGAUUCACUGAGAAGGGGAAAGCUUCCACUAAACGCAGUGUGUAGGCCUCAAAACCUGUGAGUUACCACUGGGUGGGUGGCUGCGUGCUCAGAGCAGCUCCGGAGCGCAUGCAGUAAAGUGGAAAGCUGACUGUCUUUUGUGAAGAGGACUGUUAGUAAAGCAUCUUUGGAGUGCAAGCCAUGACAAUUCCUUCUCUUUCUUUCUUGUCACGGUUCUUUCCCUUGGUUCUCAAGCUGGUGAUCUGAUUCAAAGUUUCCACACUCAGAAGGGAAGAAAAGAAGGAUAAGAAAUAAGAGCAUCCAGAAGAAGAAGAAGAAGUGGAGAGCCGAAGUCAAGUUGAAGUGCAAGAGGUAUCCGUUGAAAAGUCACUAUGCUUAAUAGAUUUGAUUUUUGAGUCCAUAUUAAACUACUAAAUUGAAUCGAAUAAAGAAGAGACGAUAUGACAAUGUUGGGUUUUACAAGUAUUUUAGGAGAUGGAGCAGAAAAGGAAUCUUAUGAUUUAGAAUUUAUUUAUACAAUUACAAUCUCUAGGUUUUGAUGAUAACUAUAUUGUGGAAUAUAAUGCACUUAUUUAUUUGUAAAAUAACUGAUUUUAGAUAAAUAAAGUGAAACAAAAAAAUAAAAUUAAGCUAAAGGGAUGAGAUAUUAUUGUGUGAGUGAUAGGCCUCAAAUUAGAGUACAUUAUGAACAUCAUUUCAUAUAAUAUAUAUAUAUAUAUAUAUAUAUAUAUAUAUAAUUUUUAAAAAUAAAAUUUUAAUUACGAAUUAAAAGUAUUUUCAUAAAAAAACGAAUUAAAGAGGUGGAUAGGAAAGAAGACGGUGUGUAGGCUUCACACGGGAUUCAAUGGAUUGGGCCUUGCGUUGUGGACACAGGUCGGGAAGCCCAAUUAAAUGCUGGCCUAAAAGAGAGCUCCUUGAGACACGUCUCUUCUCUCUCUGUCGCGGCUCUUUUCUUUCUCUCGUGAAUUGAGGAGCGCUCUUUGCUCUCUCUCGCGCGCUCUCUCUCUCUCGCGGUUGCGAACGGAAGGCUGACCAAAAGCCAUGGCAAAAGGCCGGAGCGCCCGCGGCGCGGAGGAUGGAGGAGGAGGAGGAGGAUCCGCUAUCCCGGGGGUCGACGCGGAGGUGGGCUUCGCGAAGCUCCAAGGCGAGGACUUCGAGUACUACAUGCAGACCUACUCCAUCAUCCUGGGCCGCAACAGCAAGACGUCGGCGGUGGACGUGGACCUCGCCACUCUGGGCGGCGGGAUGAACAUCUCCCGCCACCACGCCCGCAUCUUCUACGACUUCCCUCGGAGACGCUUCGCCCUCGAGGUCCUCGGUAAGAACGGCUGCCUCGUCGAGGGCGUCCUCCACGUCCCCGGCACGCCGCCCAUCAAGCUCGAUUCCCAGGACCUCCUCCAGAUCGGGGACAAGCAGUUCUACUUCCUCCUGCCCUCCCGAUCCUUCUUCGGCGGCGGCGCCCCUGUUCCCCGGCAGCCGUCUGGGGUCUCUCUCGCAGCGUACCCCGGGCGUGUUGGCCCUUUUAAUCACGGCAUCCUCGUUCAUGAUGAGGAGGAGGACGACGACGACGAUGAUGAUGAUGAUGAUGGGGUGGAGGAGGAGGAUGAGGAUGAGGUUAGAGGAGCCGUAGUAGCUCGUAACGGUGGCAAGAGGAUAAGGAGGGAUUUGGGAAAUGAAUGGGAGGAAAAGCUUGGUAGGGCAGGGAAGGCCGGACCAUCACAGCGUCCAGGGACAAAGGCUGAGAGAAGGUCAAGGGUUGACAGGGAAGCAGAUAAUCAACAACUCUUGGCAUUGGAAGAAAAGGAUGUCAUCUCAUCUGUAGCUACAUUGCUCGCUGAUCUUUGUGUGCCAGGAGAAUGGAUGCCUAUGGAGAAACUUCAUGCGGAGCUAGUUGAAGAGUAUGCCAAUGUAUGGCAUCACAGCAGGGUAAGAAAAUACCUCACAGCCGAAGACUGGCCACAAACUGAAGCAAAAGGCAGACCAUGGUUUGGCCUCCUGAAGCUGCUCCGGAAGUACCCAGACCACUUUGUUAUUAAUAUCCAGUUGAAGGGAAAGAUUACAUCCGAGUUUGUCUCAUUAGUUCCAUUGCCUUCCUGAUUUGUUUGGUUUGGUUUCAUCUAUAUUGAUUCUCACAAGUGCAACUCAAAACCAAACCAUGUGACUAUCAUGUCUCAUCUCUUCUUUGUUUCUCAAGUUGAUCUCAAGCUUAAUAGACAACAUCAGUUAUACUUGUUCCUCGGA